AUGUCCGACUCCAGACACUCCCUCUCCUCCGUGUUCCUACUAUCAGUCUUUUCCUCUGUUCGAUAUGUGACCCUACACACGACCUAUGGCGACUUGAAGAUCGAAGUUUUCUGCGAGGCGGUACCAAAAGCUGCCGAAAAUUUCUUGGCACUGUGUGCUGCCAACUAUUACGAUGGGACCGUUUUCCAUCGGAACAUAAAAACGUUCAUGAUCCAGGGAGGUGAUCCCACGGGCUCGGGCAAGGGAGGGCAGUCCAUAUGGGGCAAACCCUUCGCCGAUGAAAUUCGCUCCACUCUCAAGUUUAACAACCGGGGUAUCGUAGCUAUGGCAAACUCGGGGCCAGACAGCAACAAAUCACAGUUCUUCAUCUCAUACUCAAAGCAGCCACACCUUGACUCCAAGUACACAAUAUUUGGCAAGGUGAUUGAUGGCGCUGAUUCUACGCUCGAUGCGAUGGAGCGGAUCCCGGUCAACAAUAAGAACAGGCCACUGCACGAGAUCAAAUUGACACAUGUUACUAUCCACGCGAAUCCAGUCGCGGAUGCCCAGCUGAGAUCAUGA